AUGGGUGAAGCCGGAGAAAUAAAGCACGGCGAGGCCGCUGUUCGCACCACCUCGAGCCCGAACAGCACGCCGUCAGAAGAUAUUAUGCCGCGGCCCACCGUUGCCGAAAAAGAAAAGAAGACGUUCGUGCAGCGAGUACUCACGCCAGGAUCAGUAUGGCAGAUCAUUAUCGCCGCUGUUCUAGCCAUUGCCAUUGGGUUGGCAGUCACUACCACCGUGGACGAGGUACCAGACGCAGCCAUCACGAUACUUGCGAUCCCAGGUAACCUUUGGUUGCGCGCAUUGAGGGCAGUUGUCCUUCCAAUGAUCGUCACCGCCAUGAUCCUGGCAAUCCAGCGUCUGCGCAACAUGACACAGGGAGGCGGUGCAGCGGGUAAACUCGCUCGCUGGACCAUUGGCUACUACGUCAUCACCACCAUUAUCGCUGUCGCACACUCUGCCCUAUUAGUCGGCCUAGUCUGGAGUAAACUUAUGAACCCAGUUUCAGGAAGUGCUCUGGACCUGGACGAAGAAAACAAAGAGCUUGUGGACGAAAGGAAAGAAACUGCCAUCCAUGAUGUCGUCGAAGACAUGUUCUUCUCGUUGGUCCCCCAAAAUGUCGUCAACGCGCUGGCGACCGAUGCCCUUCUUUCGGUACUCGUCACAGCAGUCGUCCUUGGAUAUGUCAUCAAACCAGGAGGCGCAAUCCACCGAGCCGUCGAAGAAAUCGAAGUUAUCGUCCUCAAGGUCAUCACUGUUUUGAUCCAUCUCGCUCCAAUUGGUGUAUUCUUCUUGAUCAUGCCAAAUCUGUUCCGUCUGGAUAUUGCUGAGAUCGGUGCGAACCUGGGGAUUCUCAUUGGCGGUACCUUGGUCGGCAUGUUCAUCCACCUCUUCAUCAUUAUCCCUAUUAUCUUCUUCGCGUUUACUAGGUCAAACCCGUACACGUUCUGGAUGAAGAUGAGCCCAGCAUGGAUUACCGCUUGGGGAACCGCCUCGAGCGCUGCAACCUUGCCGGUUACCAUUCGUUGUGUAUUGAAGCAGGGUAUACCCAUUACAGUAACCAAGUUUGCCGUACCCCUCGGAUGUUUGAUCAACAUGGAUGGAACUGCGAUAUAUUUUCCGAUCGUCGUUGUGUUCUUGGCCGCCACUCAAGGCAUUACCCUGAACGCUGCUGAUUACAUCAUUAUCAUCCUACUCUCAACUCUCGCUUCGAUCGGAACCACACCUAUUCCAAGUUCGAGUUUGGUUCUGGUUGUCAUGAUUGCUUCCAGCGUCAAUAUCCCGAUCACCGGAAUGUACGCCGUUGUCAUCGCUAUCGACUGGUUCCUUGACCGCUUCCGAACUGCAAUGAACGUCAGUUGCGAUACUUUCGCUGCCAAGGUCGUUACGGACAUAACGGGGAUCAAAGACGAAGAUGGCCAGUCGUACGAUGAGGCUGAGAAUGUCGAUCCCAACUCGCUCGGACGGACAGAAGAGUCCAAGGUAUAGAUGCUGUCUCCCCGAUUUUGUAGCUGUCUUGAGAAUUUCGAGCUUUCCCGAGCUCAAUCAUACGUAAUGCCAUCCUCUUUCAUUCAUGCUCAAAAGUGUACCUCCUCUGUGUGACUGCGACAUAAGAUACUCAUUUUUUGCGACUGACGGCGUAUCGAGCAAAGUGAUCGCAUCGACAAGCCAUGUUGGUAUGCCGCAUAACAAGCGGACCCCAGAUUGCGCGAUUUAGGGGCACUGACAAGGCUACGCGAAAACCAAAGACGGCGCAGUGGAAGAGAUGAACAAUACUGUAGGGUGUGUGUUGCAUAUGCCAUCGCUGCUGACAUACGUGCGAACGAAGCCUGAAAACGUGGCCGGUCCGGAAAAUUAGCCAGCUCGGAAACGUAGUCAGUCCAGAAAAGUAGCCGGACCAUCGCUUUUUUGGAUAUGGUCGGUGUUCAGGACCGUGUGGUUCGAGAAAGGCGGAACUCGUGGGUGUUUUCGUG